CCGGCUCGGGUUAGAUCCGUGCGCCUCGGGCAGAAGCAGAGUAACCCGCACGCGACGCGAGACGCUCACUAGCACGCACGCACCCACCCACCAUGUCCGGCGAGCAGCCACCCGCCGCGGCGGCGGCGGAGGCCGCCGCGGCAGCAGAGCAGCAGGCCGGCAGCGGCGGCGGAGGGGGAUGGGGAGGGUGGGGGCUCUCCAUCUUCUCCGAGAUCUCCCGCAAUGCGGUGGAGGUCGCGAAGAGCGCCAUCGCCGACAUACAGCAGCCGCCGGAGCAGGACGUGGGGACCGGAGACGGGGAGGAGAAGGAGAAGGAGAAGGCGGCCGAGGGAGGAGGGGAGGAGGACGAGCAGCGGAAGGCGGCGCUGGACAAGCUGGAGAACGCCAGCGAGGACUCGCUCUUGGGACAGGGGCUCAAGGUGUUCGACAGCUCGGUGGAGACUAUCACGACUGGGACAUGGCAAGCGCUCGGGAGUGCGUGGAAGAGCGGAUCACUGCUUGUUCAGAAAUUGGAGACUUCUGCUUCAAGCCUUGCUGAAACCAUUCAACAAGGGGAACUGCCUGCUAAAGCAUCUGUAAUAGCACCAACCAUUCUAGAGACAGGGAAGUCAUUUACUGCCAAAGGAAUGGAGGUACUUGAACGUGUAGGAAAAGAGACAAUGGAGUUUAUCAUCGAAGAGACUGGUAUGGAUGUUGACAAAGGUACUGGUGAAGGUGAUCCGCAGACAGAAGAGGAGCAGUUUGAAGAAGUGUCAUUUGACAGAUGCUUCUAUAUUUAUGGAGGACCUGAUCAAUUAGAGGAGUUGGAGGCACUGUCAAGCCAUUAUGCACUAUUAUUUAAUAGGAAGAAGGGUAAACUUGUUGCUGGGCAGAAAACAUAUUAUGAUGGAAAGCUCAAAGAAAUACAACAGAUUUUUAGUCUUAGCACCAAGAUUGAUGAAGAUGGACCAGACUCUAACAAAGGAAAAAAGAUUGAAGCAGCUGAUUCUGAUUCUGAUGCAGAGAUGAAGAAGUUAUGCGACUCAAGUGUUAGCAAGGCUGCAAAAAUGGCUGCAGGGUUCACCACUGCCUUGGGCGGGCUCUCUCCAAAUGAGAUUGUCAAACGGACCACUAAUAGGCUAGAGACUAUUCACUCGGAGGGUGUUCACAGAUUGUCAGAAAUGUGUUGCCUUGCAGUCUCUCAACUUCUGCUGCUUGGAAAAUCUGUUAUUUCGGCUUCUUCUAAACCAAAGAAUGAAGAUGAUGAAAAUGAUGUGAAAAUUGAAUGGCCUGAAGAUCCUAUUUCAAAGGCUAAAAUCAUCAGAUGGAAAGCACAGUCCAUCUCCGUGGAUAUUGAAAAGGUGUCUGCAAGUUUUGCUACAGGAAUAUCCGAUGUGGCUGAAGCUUACAUGGCAGCUAUACAAAAUGCUCUGGCUGACAAGAAGGAUGAUCUCUCGAACCAAAAUUCGGUGCAGGAGAAAGCUAAAUACAUAUCCAACCAUCUAAAUACCGAUCAGACCAGUGCUGUCAGCAAGUUGCAAGACGCCCUCCAAUACUUGGCCUAUGUUGUUGUUUGCUCUUCAAUGCCAAAUGUAUAACUCUGCAGUUCCAUAUCUCUACCCUGCUGUUAUCAUUGUUGAACUGUUAACAUCUCUCUGUACAUUCGCUUGUGCAGUCCUUCAGGAUUGCCAUUAUUAGGGCUUCUAGAUAUCAAACUACACUAGGGUGUUGUGUCUCGUUUACGUGCGCAGGUCAAGCAUCAUGGAAUCGUUAGUUGGUUGUGCCUUAUUUGUAUUGUUUGGGUACAUUACAGAUUGUUGCUCUCUAUGUUUUUCCUGAGAACAAUGAGAAUUACUGAUGCUUAAUACGGAAGAUCUGUAUGGCCUUCUCUCACUGUA